AUGUCUUCCUCGUCGCUGCCAGAAGGCCGUCACAGUCGCAUUUUGUUUGUCAAGAAUCUCAACUAUAACAUCCAUGGGGCUGAUUUGUAUGAGUUGUUUGGGCGGUAUGGGGCCAUCCGACAAAUCCGUCUCGGCACAUCGCAGCAGACGCGUGGCACUGCGUUCGUCGUGUACGAGGAGGCCAAUGAUGCGAAAAAUGCAAUUGCGAGUUUGAAUGGUUUCCACUUGAUGGAACGAUACAUUAUUGCGUGA